AUGAAUCGAAAGCGUCCUUCUGAGCGUUCUGAUGAGCCGGAUUUCGAUUCCGCUCCUUCCGCGAAAAGAAUAGACCUUUUGACGGCGAACCGGGAGCAGCUUAACCGAUUUUUGGAGACGAACAUCACCGGACUAGCGGGGUACACAGCGUCAGCAGUUGAAAAGUUCAUUCACGCCGUGAAACAGAAGGAUAAUGAUGAAGUAAUUCUAUCGCUGCGUAUUUUGUCGCAGAUAAUCGACGAUGUUGGGCGACCAGCGGCUAUUGAAAUUUCCAAGUCUCCUCGCAACCUAGAAAACUGCCUCUCCCUGCCUUUCUCGCAAAAAGUCAACAUGAUCGCCCUUCAGCUCAUUUCUACCCUGAUCAAUUACGGAGUCGUGCCCGACAUGGAAUGGACAUCUGUGUACGUUUUAUUCGGCAAGGCAAACUUCUUCCUAGAGCUCAAACGACUUGUGCACCAUUAUCUGCUCUACAGUGGAAUGCACGUUAAUCCUAACACGGCCCUUUUGUCCAAUUUUCUUCAAAUCCUUUCUCCAGAGCAGUUUGAAAAGGACUUCGAAACGCUGGAACUCUUCCACUCGAAAGUGCUGGCUAAUCAGGAAAUGUCGAAGACCUCGAAAUUGUCGAUUUUCAAAGACUUGACGCUUAAGUCUCUCGGCCGCCUCUGGCUCAAAGUUUCUCCCGAAUUCAAACCCUUUCUCUCGAACAUGCUUCUUCUCGCAGUGGAUCACGAGCACGGAGCGGCCCUUGACCAGGAUCUGCUGCAGAAAGAAAUGGCCAACUUUCACUUCAUGUCUCUCCUGACUUCAAUCAGAAAAGGCGACGAGUUGUCAAUAAAUUUCUCGGCCGAGAUUCUAGCGCGACGAGAAGAGCUCAUUCCAAAGUACUUCUUUCCAGGAAUCGACUUGCAGAACGUCACUCACUUCCAGUGCGUUCUUGAGAAACUAGAAGAAAGCGAUAGCAUUUUGAAGAAAAAGCGACUUCGUGGAGACCCAGCAGCGGUAAUCGAGUGCAUCAAAAAGCAAACUUUUGGAUUGUUUAAAAAGGAGGAGUUUGAGGCUCUUCUAGCGAAGCAAUCGAAAAUGGGAAGCUAUAAAGACGUAGCUGCUUUGAUCCGCGUCUAUCCCCUCCUCCUGGCUCGGGUUCACCAGCUGCUUGGAAGAAUAGAUCAUCCAGAGACGCAGAAAAACGUCCAGCAACAAUUUCAAGAUCAAGCAGUAGAUCUGCUGCCUCAAGGAAUGGCGCUGAACUCUUGGCUCAAUCGGAUUCUUCUCUCUAUCGACAAGUCAGAAACAAACAGGCGCAAGAUUGAUGAAAACUUGAUUUCUCAGACGAUGGUGAUGCUCAAAUCAAUCGAUGAGUUCUGUCCUUUUGUGCUGGCUCCAGUAAAAUUCGAGAGCUUCAUCUCAAAAAUGACUAGCUGCGAACGAAGCACAAUAAUUUUGCUCGAACUUAUCGACAAAAGAAGAGACUCGAUUCUGUUCUUCAAAGGGAAGAAAAACGCAUUUUCGGAGCUCGUUCUCAUCGCGCAAUCAGAAAAGAGCUCGAUGGAGUUGAAAGGGUCUGCUUGUGAGGUGCUCUCGAAACUGCUUGCUUUUCCUUCUUGGCCGCUGAUUUCAUCAAAGAUUAAAAAUUUGGAAGAAAUCGCCAAAGAUAUUACUAGCGAUACAACGUCAGCUGGUUGGCUUAGCGAGCUCAAAUCUCUCAUUUCUCCUCGAUCAAGCGACACUCCCAUGGAAGUCUCGCGCUUGCCUUCUUCUCCACUCCCAAAAAUAAUCGUCAAACUGAUCGAAAAAGACAACUCAAUUUCUCCAGAAGUCUUAGCAAUCUUCGUCGCCUGGUCAAUUGUGAAGCGACCGGAACUCACGUUGGCUGCGAUUUUCGAUGCUCUCAGAGAACUAGCCAACGAAGAAAAUGAAUCGAUAAUUAGAAAAUGCGAAAAGCUCUGGAUCGAAACGAAGAAAUCAAAGAAUAAGAAGCGAAAAUCCGGCUGCGAAGCUCCGGAAUGCUUCGACAAUUUAUCGAAGUUUAUCUUCUAUGUUUCCAAAAUCGAAGAAGCCAACGAAAACGUCCCUCUUCUCACCCAAAUCGCCAGUCUAAUCGAAGACUUUUCCGAAAUAGAAGCGCAUCAUCUCGUCUCUCUUCUGGAAUCGACAAGUUUCCAGCGAAAUUUUCUAAAGAGCGAGUUCUCCAAAAACUAUUUAUUCACCGUUUUGGUGGAGAACAAAUUGAUGAAGCAGUUUUGCAUGAAAUAUUUCAACAACUCCGGAUUGGUGCCGCCCAAGACGCUCUGGGAGCAUUUUGAUACUCGGACCCUGAGAGCUUUUGAAGGGAAAAAGUUUUCUUUCGAACUGGAAAAAUGCUUGUUGGAAAAUUCAGAGCUACUUGAAUUCACAAAGCCCUGCUUGUCUUGGUCCGAAAAACUCCUCCUUCGGGCGAUUUCUAACCCUUCCAUUUCCAUUCAAACGGCAGAUCUUCUUGAAAGCGCACUGAAAAAACCUUCCAAAUCGUGUAAAAUGUCCGAGCUGCAAAUCUGUCAAAUUCUAGGAAACGGUGGCUUUCUCGAGCGAGUCAAGACACUUCCUCAAGAAUUUACAGAAUUGACGAAAAAUAGGUUGAAAGAAAAACUAGCGAUGGAAUCGUACGAUGAUUUGAAUGAACUCAAGAUCCUCUGCUCAUUGAUAGAAGUCGAAGCGAUGGAUAAUGAAGAAGCGAAGGAACUACUGAAAGAAAUGAAUUUGAGGAAUAAAGAGCUAUCCGAAGAAGGGAGGAUGAAUAUAUUGCUCGUGCUGCAGAUUUUGGGAGAAGAAGAGGACCUUUGGGAAGAGUUACCCAAGUUGUCUCUUAGCAUUUAUACCUGUUCGACUUCCCCACUGGACCGAGAAAUCAACUCUUUCAUCAACAAAAUUUUCUCCCGAUCAAAACUCAUCUACCGCCAUCGUCCCUUUUUAUUCGGCUCAUCAAGUAGCUCAAGCCACGAAUCAAACGAAUCGUCUAGAAUUUUGACUACAGAUCAUUCCCGCGCCUUUUUGGAGAACUUGGAUAGAGAAAGAAUGCAAAAAACGAUGAUUAAUUUUGGAAAGAAAGAUGAUUCUUGCGUUUAUGAUCCUGCCUUCAUGCUUUUUGCUCUUUGUGAUUUGGUGAGAGCAGAUGCUCAAGUUGACCCAAAACUCCUGAUAAGCUCUGGAGCGUUCAGUUUCUGUAUCAUGGCAUUGACUCUUGAAGACGACAAGCUUCGAAGCGUUGCUCUAGAAUCCCUCUUCCGGAUUAAAGAUCAUCUGAUUAUUUACCGCUGGUCGAAUUUCAAUCUUAUCGCUUCAUUCUUCUUGUUCUUGGAGGAAAUUCUCGAACCAGAAAAACCGCUAAAAAGUGCUGUCGCAGUCUAUUUUUCCCGAGCGAUUCAUUUGAUGAUCAAGCCAGAGCAUGAAAUGUAUCAGACGAUGAUGGCCAGUGUGGUUCAUAUGGAAAGUUUCUCAGAUUCGGUGCCAGAUUUCAUCGACUUUUUCUGGGCACACAGUAAUACGAAAAGAAAGCGAUUGUGGAUAAUCAAUUUUAUGGAAGAAAUGCUGAUUCAUUCAUCAGAUGUAACAAGUCUUUAUCACUACCACGCACUGGAUUCAGUUCUAGCGGCGUUGAACACAGAUGAUCCUCGACUUUAUGAAAGUGUCUUACGACUCGUUGAAAAGCUGAUAAUGGUCGACCCACUUGUUAUUAAAAAGAAAGGAGUUGCUAACACGAUUCACGCGCGUCAAAAACUCAAGAAAGAAAAACUGAAAAUCGAAGAAAGAAUUUUGAAAGCUGUUCAUUCCUGA